AAAUUUUAAGAAUAAAAAAAGAGAGAUUUAUUGAAUAGCAAAGAAAAAUGGUGAGAACUCCUUUUAUUGACAGAGAUGGAAUAAAAAGAGGUGCAUGGAGUGAAGAUGAAGACAACAAACUAAAGACUUUUGUUGAAAGAUUUGGUCAUUCCAAUUGGAGGCAAUUGCCUAAAUAUGCUGGUCUAAUGAGAUGUGGGAAGAGUUGCAGAUUGAGAUGGAUGAAUUACUUAAGGCCUGAUUUGAAGAAAGGAAAUUAUUGUCUUGAAGAAGAACAACUCAUAAUUAAAUUACACAAGGAACUCGGAAACAGAUGGUCAGCGAUUGCAGCAAAAUUACCAGGAAGAUCGGACAACAAUAUCAAAAACCACUGGCAUGCUCAUCUUAAGAAACGUACUCCGAGAUUAACAAAUAAUACCACUUCAUCAACAUCGACGUCGGAGCAAUUUACUGAUGAUGAGGCUGGCUAUGAUAUGAAAGAGCUUCCAAUUAUAUCAUGUGAUUUAUCGAAUAAAUUAAAUGGAAUAACGGACUGGAUUGAAGAAGAUAAUAACCACAUUAAGACAAUGGAACAAUUUUCAUGUAUCAAUUCAGUGGAACCACCCUUUUGCUGGACAGAACCCAUUGACAAUUUUCAGACAGAAAUAACCUCUGAUAUUAAUAUUUGGUCCGAACCAUUAUUUGACAAUUUCUGGACACAGCCUUUCUUUUGACCCAUGUAUUCCAAGAUACAUAUACAUGUGCUGACACUGAAUGGAAUAUCAGACCUUUUAUAUUUUUAUUUUGAAUAUACACAUAUGAUGUGUAUAUAUAAUGUUAAAGAGACUUGUACAAAGAGUUUUCAAUGUUGAAA